AUGUUGCUGACCAAACUGAUAUGGGCUACCCUCUACUGUAGCCUCAUCUCCACCUCCAAAGCCUUAUCCCUCCCCAACAGCACAGCCCCCUACACCUCCCUCUCCCUCCCCACCCCACUAAACUGGAAACCCAGCCCCGACGCCGGCGGCGGCUCCGUCAUCGAGACACUCUACAAACCCUAUAACCAAUACAACGCCUCCAGCUGGGCGCGCUUCAUUCUCGCCGAGUGCGAGAGCCUUGCGGGUGGGACGUGUAUUGGGUAUUCAGAACUAACCACAGGCGCAUACAACACCGAACAGCCCUACCGCAUCUGGUGGGGCAUCGUAUACGGCGCCGGGGCGAAGCUCAGUCUGCAGGAUUUUCGGAGAGAUAUCAGCGAGAACGAUCAGAUACAGGAUACGGUGGCAUUUGUGGUGAGGGAGGCUGGUGCUGGGGUGGGAGCGACGAGUGCGACUAAUCUAACUGUGAUGUCGACGAUGGGGACGAGUGCACCUGGGAGUACGCAACUGUCUGCUGGUGGAGCUGCUAGCAGCACGUCGGCUGGACCUGGGGUAUCGACUGGUGCGGCAGAUGGGAGAUUACAGCCUUACGAGCAGGUACGAUUCGGUCUGGUUUUGCUACUGGGCGCGGCGCUGAUGCGAUGA